GGGGGUGCCCAAGUUGCGGCGGAGCUGGGACCCGCCACCGCGGCCCCCGCGCGGCCACGGCCACCUUCUGAGCGCCAGCCUCGCCCCCUGUCCGAGAGCAGCCAAGGCUGGAUACAUUUUUAAAAAGCCCAACUGCAAACAACUCCGGCGAUGCCAAAAUUCCCCUCCGAGUGACAGGGCUUGGGAGGAGGCUGCCUCCGGCUGUGCUAGCUCUCGGGUCGCCUGUGCCUCCUUGGCGACUAAGAAAGACUGUGCACUGGCGAGAGGGAUUUGGAAAUUAGUGGGAAAGCUGCACUCAACUCUAUCGUGACCUCAAACUCUGUGGACCGGUUAAAAGAAUAUCUACAUAUUGGACGCAAAGUCGUGGUCAAGGAAGAUCUCUGCAUCGGAGGAUGGAAGUUUUCCCCUUGCUCUUGUUUCUGUCCCUCUGGUGGUCUCGAACCUGGGACCUGGCGACCGCUGAUUCCAUCAUCCACAUCGGAGCAAUUUUUGAUGAAUCUGCUAAAAAAGAUGACGAGGUGUUCCGCACAGCAGUUGGUGACCUCAAUCAGAAUGAAGAAAUCUUACAGACAGAGAAAAUCACAUUUUCAGUGACAUUUGUUGAUGGCAACAACCCUUUUCAAGCUGUUCAAGAAGCCUGUGAACUCAUGAACCAGGGCAUCUUGGCCCUAGUCAGCUCCAUUGGUUGCACAUCAGCUGGGUCCCUGCAGUCUUUGGCAGAUGCCAUGCAUAUUCCACACCUCUUCAUUCAGCGCUCAACCGCUGGGACCCCAAGAAGUGGCUGUGGUCUCACCCGGAGCAACAGGAAUGAUGACUAUACUCUUUCAGUUCGUCCUCCUGUCUACUUGAAUGAAGUCAUCCUAAGAGUAGUCACAGAGUAUGCAUGGCAGAAAUUCAUCAUCUUCUAUGACAGUGAAUAUGAUAUCCGUGGGAUACAGGAGUUUUUGGACAAAGUAUCCCAGCAGGGAAUGGACGUUGCCCUUCAAAAGGUGGAAAACAACAUCAAUAAAAUGAUCACCACCCUCUUUGACACCAUGAGGAUAGAGGAGUUGAAUCGCUACCGAGACACUCUUAGGAGAGCCAUCCUUGUUAUGAAUCCUGCCACAGCCAAAUCCUUCAUAAGUGAGGUGGUGGAGACUAAUCUGGUUGCUUUUGACUGUCACUGGAUCAUUAUAAAUGAGGAAAUAAAUGAUGUGGAUGUCCAGGAACUUGUCAGAAGGUCCAUUGGAAGGUUAACAAUUAUUCGGCAGACAUUUCCAGUCCCCCAGAAUAUAAGUCAGCGCUGUUUCCGUGGCAACCAUCGAAUCUCUUCAACACUGUGUGAUCCCAAGGAUCCCUUCGCACAGAAUAUGGAGAUUUCUAACCUUUACAUCUACGACACGGUGCUUCUGCUCGCAAACGCUUUCCAUAAGAAGCUGGAGGACCGCAAGUGGCACAGCAUGGCGAGCUUGUCCUGUAUCAGAAAAAACUCGAAGCCCUGGCAGGGAGGGCGAUCCAUGCUGGAGACCAUCAAGAAGGGUGGAGUUAAUGGAUUGACUGGAGAGCUAGAAUUUGGAGAAAAUGGAGGUAACCCCAAUGUGCACUUCGAAAUUCUUGGAACCAACUAUGGAGAAGAACUUGGCAGAGGUGUCCGUAAACUUGGGUGCUGGAAUCCUGUCACGGGUCUGAAUGGGUCACUGACUGACAAGAAACUGGAGAACAACAUGCGGGGCGUGGUUCUUCGUGUGGUGACUGUACUGGAGGAGCCUUUUGUAAUGGUCUCUGAAAAUGUCUUGGGAAAACCGAAGAAAUACCAAGGCUUCUCCAUUGAUGUUUUGGAUGCCCUAUCUAACUACCUGGGUUUUAACUAUGAAAUUUAUGUUGCACCGGACCACAAAUAUGGAAGCCCACAGGAAGAUGGGACUUGGAAUGGAUUGGUAGGAGAACUUGUUUUCAAGAGAGCUGACAUUGGGAUUUCUGCUUUAACUAUUACUCCAGACAGAGAGAAUGUUGUGGAUUUUACAACACGUUACAUGGACUACUCAGUGGGGGUCCUACUUCGAAGGGCAGAAAAGACAGUGGAUAUGUUUGCCUGUCUUGCACCAUUUGAUCUGUCUCUGUGGGCCUGCAUUGCUGGCACAGUCCUUCUUGUGGGACUACUGGUCUACCUCUUGAACUGGCUUAAUCCCCCACGAUUGCAAAUGGGAUCAAUGACAUCUACUACACUCUACAACUCUAUGUGGUUUGUGUAUGGAUCCUUUGUUCAGCAAGGUGGGGAAGUCCCAUACACAACUCUGGCAACCCGAAUGAUGAUGGGGGCAUGGUGGUUAUUUGCUCUGAUUGUCAUCUCCUCAUAUACAGCAAACCUUGCUGCUUUCCUCACUAUCACCCGCAUCGAGAGCUCCAUCCAGUCUCUUCAGGAUCUGUCCAAGCAAACAGAUAUCCCUUACGGCACAGUCUUGGACUCCGCAGUGUAUCAGCAUGUCCGCAUGAAGGGGCUGAAUCCUUUUGAGAGGGACAGCAUGUAUUCCCAGAUGUGGAGAAUGAUCAACCGAAGCAAUGGGUCAGAGAACAACGUUCUGGAGUCCCAAGCAGGCAUCCAAAAGGUAAAAUAUGGAAACUAUGCUUUUGUAUGGGAUGCAGCUGUAUUGGAAUAUGUGGCUAUCAAUGACCCAGACUGCUCCUUCUACACCGUUGGGAAUACUGUUGCUGACCGGGGGUAUGGGAUCGCCCUGCAGCAUGGCAGCCCCUACCGAGAUGUCUUUUCACAAAGGAUCCUGGAGCUGCAGCAGAGUGGAGACAUGGACAUCCUCAAGCACAAGUGGUGGCCUAAGAAUGGCCAGUGUGACCUGUACUCCUCAGUAGAUGCGAAACAGAAGGGAGGAGCCCUGGACAUCAAGAGCCUGGCAGGCGUGUUCUGUAUUCUGGCCGCGGGGAUCGUGCUCUCCUGUCUCAUAGCGGUGCUGGAGACGUGGUGGAGCCGGAGGAAGGGCUCGCGGGUCCCAUCCAAAGAGGCUCCAGCCCUGCCAAAUGAAACCGAAAUGUCUGAAAGAAGCCAUGCUUGGCCAUUAAGGCCAUGUUUGAAACUUGGCAGUAAUACCUGGAAAAACCAGGCAUCCAGCCAUGACCUGCACCAGUCUUCACAACUAGGAAGGCCUCUUGAUGACCCAUAACCUCUACCAGCCCCGGAGCUACUGAGCCCUUACCCACCUCUUGAUUUCAGGACUCAUUGGGUCCUGAGUACCACAAACUGGUGAGCUGAUAUACUGUCUCCUAAAUUUAAAAUUCUUCUUCCAUUCAAGAAGUUGUCUUCACCAGGCUGUAACACCUGCUACACUUCCCCUGUUGAAGAGUAGCAAAUGACUGCUGCUUUCGGCCACAGGUCCCGAGUCUAGCCUGGGCCAGCCCAUUAGGCUGGCAACGAUGAUCCUUGUUCAUCGUGGACUGUCUGUGGACUGCUUGCCUAUGUGUCCUGGUCAAAAGCAUUCACACUGAGGUCCAAGUCUGAAUCACAACAGUGUUGUCCUCUUGUCCCCAGUUUCCACCUGGUCAAGAUUCACCUGGGUCCUCAGGCUUGUGACGGCCAGGAUACAGGGAGAUGUGAAGGACCAAGGAGAAUGUGCCUUGGCAAACUUAACCAGAGAAAAAUAGAGCCCUCUUCCAACUCUCACUGAAUCAGUUUUGACAAUGAUUAAUCAUAUUUUGUCAGAGAUUCCUCUCCAUAUUACUAAAAUAAUACCAUAUUCAUAUUUACCACACGUCUAAUUUUCUCCACGCUAAAAGACAUUGCCUUUACUCAGAGACCAAAACGUAGACGUUUUCAAUGGAUUCUUGGCUAAUGGAGAACCUCUGACUUGAAUCCAUAAAAAGUGGAUCUUUUUCAUUGUAAACAAGGGUCACUUGGAUGCUGUUCUCUACCUUAAGGUUGUAGUGCUGGCAUGUUUCACCCUUCCACCAAGACAACUGAGUUUCCCCCAGGCCUAUUCCAUGCAAACAACCUCUUCCCAACAAAAUUUGAAAGCAGUUUAUGAAACAUGCAAAGAGCUUAACUUUUAAAAGGAUCUAGCACUGCAUUGAAUUCUGGGAAUAAAAUGAGUAAGUCAUGUUCUUGCCCUGAGAAGUUUACAAUCCAAUGAGGAGGUGAGAGAAGUUAACCUGCUGUGUGCUGUAGCAGUGCACUAACAGCCAUGAGAAUUACACCUCUGCUCCUUGACCCCAGGGAGCCCAGGAUGACUCCUCCAUGAUCUUCUAAUAUUCAGAGUUGAAAGCCAGCUUGCAGGCAUCCUGUUCCUUUGGAGCCCCUGCAAGUAGUGAUCCAGAAGCCUCUAGUCACCGGAGCAUUAGUUCUAAGCCACCUGACUUGGAAACAAGUUUUAUGUCUACUUACAGAGCACUUUUUCCAAUCUGCAAUCAAACUGGAAACUCUUACAGGUAAAAAGCAGACUGAAAGGUCAGAAGACAUGGUAGCAAGUUUGGGUCCUUCUAUUUACUAUGACGAAGGGCAAAUCACUUACACUCUGUGGUCUUUGGUGUCGAUCUUUGAAGAGUAAAAAUAAAAGUCUUAUCUACUGUUCCUACCUCACAAGAUUGUUGUGAGAAGUGAGACUGUAAAAGCAGCUUGUUAGCUGUCAGUUCUUAAUCACCAUAGGUUCCCGAUCCUUACUACCAAAUACAAUACCAGCAUUUGUCACAAGGACAUACGCUUACCCAGUCUUUACCCUGCACCAUGGAAUGGUACAAAGAAGAUCAAGGUUCAAGGUCAUCACUUCCUGGAUAUCUGGUUUUCACAUGGAAAUGCUAAUGCUUUCCAGAAUGACAAAGGUAAAGUUUAAGGAGCAAAGCCAGGACCCUACUGCCACAGAGACACCCCACCAUUAACACAAGGCUAUAAUGGGCCUGCCAGCCUCCUUCACAGAAGGCUAUCCCUAAGGCUUAUGGCAGAGAAUUCAUCCUUGGUUCCAGGAAAGCAGUCACACUGUGAUAGUUCUUGGUAUCACCUUGGCUACCACUGCCUGAGGAAUCACCAACCUCUCUAAUGAAGCACAGGCCUCCCCAAAUAAAGUGAUGGAUUAUUCAAAAGGGACAUUAACCCAGAUAAACAAAGUACACGCUGUUCACGACUGCCUGAUCUAUUACAACUGGACUAGCAGGGGAAAUUUCUAGAUAUGAAUUAAAGCAAGAAUGUGAUGACAUGUUUCUUCUUAUAUCAUUUUUAUCCCUCACAUCAAUUUAGCUUUUAGCAUUAUGAUUCUUACUUGUCUGUUCUCUAACUAUCCAACAGACUAAAGGUAAAAUUUGUUCCUGAUAACAACUCUUAAAUAUCCUGUUUAUACACACACACACACACACACACACACACACACACACACACACACACACGCACACACGCACACAGAGGCACAGGCACAUGUACAUUCCCAAACACAGGCACACGAACAUACACACAAACAGGCACAAGCACCUGUGCAUGCAUACAUACACAAGUGCACAUAUAUAAACGCAUAGGCACAGACAUAUAUAUGCACAAAGGGCAAAGGCACAUGUAUGUACAUAUGUCUGUCCACCCAGGCACAUACACACACAUCACAUCACAUCAUUAAGCCGAGGAGCAGGGAAGAAUGCCACCAUUUUCUUGUCUCUAUGCGUGGCCAAGCCUGAUUGGACUUUCCUGCUGGUGAUUUAACAUGGACUCUGGAUUAGCUGAUCUGAUUUAAGUUCAGUAUUACCAAAGAUGUCCUAAUGUACCCCAGCCAGGCAGUGGUGGCGCACGCCUUUGAUCCCAACACUUGUGAAGCACAGGCAGGCAGAUCUCUGUGAGUUCGAGGCCAGCCUGAACUACAGAGUGAGUUCCAGGAAAGGUGCCAAAGCUAUACAGAAAAACCCUGUCUCAAAAAACAAACAAACAAACAAACAAAAACCCUGACUCCAUUUUAGCCUUAUGUAGAAGUUUAAGUGGAAGUCACAAUCUGAUGGAGCACUGAUACCAACAAUCCUUUAUCAAAGGGAGAGCUUUCCCCUAAAAAUCCAUGAGCUUCUCCAAAGCUCAGAACACAGUUCCAUGUUCCCCAAGAAUAGCUUCAAUUUUCUCUCAGUGUCAUCUUGGAUCAAUACAGUGAUGGUUAUGUACAGAAGGUCUGACAGAAUUGUGACCCAGAAUACUCACAGACCCCAAACAGAUAACUUUCUAUUGUCCUACUUCUGCAAGAUCCUAGAGCAAGGAAGGAAGGUUAAAAAAAAAUCCAUUCAGCAACGAUCUCAGCUUUCAAUCGUUUUUUAAUGUAGGGUAGGAAAUAAUCUACAGUCUCCUCCUUGUUGUGUGUGAGAUUAGCUAACCAAAUACAACAUCCAGAGGGCUGAAGAGUCCUUAAGACAUUGACACUGCAGUUUCAGUACCUAAAACAAGUUGAAAAUUUCAAACAAUGUCUUCUAUUAUAGUUCAUAAUCACCACUUGCUUCGGGAAGAAAGCCAGGCAGACUCAAAGCAGCAGCCACCCAAGGUCAGAGGCACUGGGCCAAAGGACCCAGCAAAGAGCAGACCUGAGCCAGGAGGGAAAGCUGUCACUGCAGUGGCAGCCCAUGCUGAUGGAACAAGAUGUUCUACAGGUCAGUGGGGGCUGAGGAAGAGCAGACAGAUCAGAGCAGGGAGGCAAAUGAAGAUGUUGGAACAGGUAUCAGGGUGAUGAAAACUAGGCAGAAGCUGCGUCAUGCACUCCACAUAGCAUUUGUCUCAUAGUAGCCUUUCUUGUGACUUCCAGGAUUGUGUCAUAGUUGCUCUCUGUGAAUUAAAAUUCUCACUGUUACUGACGUUGCUUAACCUAGCCAAUCCAGAACAGAGAACGCGUCCUCAUCCCAGGCCUAGACACACUUUUGUUACAUCCUGGUUGAUGUAAUUUUCUUUUACAGAGAUUUUUAAUUUGUUCAUAAAUCUUUAAUGUUAUUUUAUCAAUAAAAUUUUGUCAAUAAAUA